AUGACCGUUACCACUAGAAUCGGAGACACCGAUGACAGCCAAGAAAAGUUCAGACGCGUGCUAACAAGAUGCACCAAGCCGAGUCCUGGUCGCACGUCUCAGUCCCUCACCGACAAGGGCUAUUGGGCUGUGCUCAAGCGCCUUAUCGACCACGUUGUGGAUUUCCGAACUCAAUUCGUGCGGGCAACGCCCCAGCAGCUCCAGAACUCGAGCAGAGGCGCGAUAGGCAAAACGAAGCGCAUGUUGCCGGCUUGUGCUACCUGUAUGCGUUUCGUCAUCGAGGCGGGUGUACUUACCAUCCGCUACAAGACCGCGAAAUUCGUCAUCCGCCACAUCAUAGAGACUCUGCCAGCACCGUCUGAGGGCUAUAUUGGGCCGCUCCUUGCUGGCUACACGAAAUGUCUGCGCCAAAUCCUAGAAUAUCCUCCCCACGUCGAACACUUGAGCAAGGAGUCGGGCACUAUCAUAGUAUUCUGCCUCAAAGCAGUCUCUUUCCUUGCUCCUGAUUCACAACCUCCACCCGGCACAAAUCGUCUUGGCACUCCGCGGCUGACUCCGGAGCCUUCUGGCGAAGCGUCUGCAGGACACUCCAGUGAGCGCCACUCUUCUAGCUCGCACGUCGCUGUAGACGAUCUCGUGGCCUGUAUUAGAUACCUUACCACGGCCCCGAACUCUCCUGUACUCGACCACGCGCCGGCCAUUCUUCUAACGCUGACUGCGUGGCUGAACUCAUCUCGAGGCGUUGGGCUUGCCCACGUUGAUGCUUUCGUUGCCAUCAACGCCGUGCUGUCCAAGACUUGCCUUGACUCUAUUUCUACUACGCAGCAGGCAAUUUGCGGAUUGCUACCCGUCCUGAGGCUUUACUGGCCUUCGAAGCUAACUUCUCUGAAAGAUGAGAUGCUUACCACUCUGGUGUUGUGCAGGGCGCACAUCCAUCGGAUGUUGAGAGAGGCACAGAAUGACGUUGGAGAUCUCCGCGUUGACCUGGAGAACUUCAUUCAGGCAAUGCACACAGACUAUGUCAGACGUGUGGAGCGCGAGCAGCUACAGCUCGAAGACGUUCGACUACGCUGCGCGAGCGAGUAUCCCCACGACGAAACGCCGUUUUCUCUGCCAGUAUUCCGAUUAAAGCCGGGAAAUACUCGGUCUGAGUACAACUGGACUGUUCUCUUCCUCGUGGUUGACUUGGCCAAUGCUCUUCAAUCGAGUCGCUCCUCAGCAGAUCGGUCGACUGAUCAAGGAGGAGUGCAAGCGACGCCUAGCAAAAGACGGCGUACGUCAAACUAUCUACAGGACUAUCUCCGCGAGCUUGCAAGCCCGCAGCUUUCCGAGAAGCUCUUUGCUCUUCAGAUCAUCACAUUCAUAUCACAACAAGUCCGUCUGACCUCGGAGGACGUUCGCAUGGUCCUGGAGAAACUGACAUCCAGACUCUCGGAUGGACAUUCUGCAAUAUCAAGUUGGGCGAUGCUUGGAACCGCCAGUUGUGCAGUCCAGCUCGCGUCAUCCUCUCCAGAACUCCGAGAACACUGGACGACCGUCUGGCAAUUGUGCUCUCGCAACGUCACCACUAGCUCUACGAGCAGAGCAGCAGCUCAUUCUAUGGAUGUUAUUCUUCGCCUCGGCCUUGUCGACUUCAGUGCCGUUGCUGAGACAGUAGAAGCCAUGAUCAGCUCCGUUGAGCUCCGUGGUCCCGUUGUUCUGUCCGAGAGCUGUUGCUCCCUGUGGCUGACCAUGUUCGAUGUCAGGAGUUCCGAAAGUCCGCAUAGCUCACUCAUUACCAUUGAGCACAUGCUACGCUGGCUAUUCUCAAAAUGGACACCUAGUAAGUGGGGCAGAUUUGGCACGACGGCUUCCAGCAUGGUUGCCCUAACCGAAGGUCCAGGCAACUUUCACGACAGAGCUCACUCCACACAACGAUCUCACCAUUAUGACGCUUGGGACAUCAUUCGCAUGCUGUUUAUGGCUACAGAUAGGCUUCCCCCACCACAUUUGGGGAGACCAUUUUGUAGCCUCGGACCACUUGCGCUGGCCUUCAUUCGAGCCGGUCAGUACUCUCAGCUAGCCAGCUACCUUCUUCUGUCGCCCCGUGAAGAAGCCUUUAUCGCUCAACCUCGAUUUGUUUCCGGAACCAUCUCCAAUGUCCACCACAACCGAUCCGUACCGGCGGAUAACGUCAUCCUGGACUUCUGCAGCUCUGAAAUGGAGCGAACGUCCAAACAGUUCACGGAUACAGCAGAUGAACGGGCACAAAGCUUCAAUACUGACAUGAUCCGCACAAUCUCGAUACUUUGUGUGGUGUGUUGUCAACUGUCCACGAGCAUCAAUGGUAUCCCCUCUGACCGCUGCAAAGAGCUCGAGAGAAAUACAAUAGCCCUGGUCAGAGCUCUAGCCAGCUUCAUAUCGCGCCCCGACUGCGAUCCGCUGCAUGUAGAUGCCGUUCUUGAAGUGGUCGCCCCGAGUUUACCCAAGAUCGUUUCGCUCAAUUCUCUUGGGUCUGACCUGUUCAAAAGUCUCGGCAUCAACCCUCUCAUCUCUUUCUUUUCGGAGGCUCUUGAAAACUGUCAAAGACAGAAGGAUUCAAUCGAAUCAAUGGAGAUUGAUGAUUUUGACUCGCAGACCAGCAACCGCAUCACCAAGUGCGAGGCAUCGGAUCUUCCAAGAGAGGACAUUGUUGCAUCUCUGAGCGCCAACGCUUCACGUACAACCUUAUCGGCUACCCUGAUCCUACUUGCGUCGGCAAUCGAUACACUGCAUGAAGAUGAAGACGACCCAUUGGAUCACGAAACUUCAUAUUCUCGAAUUCCAGAAGCUUUUCAACGCCACUUGGUUGCUUUGCCUGCUAGCGAUUUCUUGAUGUGUAAACGACUGAUAGCGGACAUUCUGGCCUCUCCGUUGCUGCUGACCAACGAUGACGUCAAUGCACUUCUCCAAGCCGUGGCCACGAAGUUGUUGUUCUCCUAUGAACACGCACACAGCGAGGUUGCUAUCGGAUUCUGCGUCGAACUCAUGAACGGCACCGCACUGGCUUGGACAGAUCGUGAAGCGCAGGCAUGCAACGUCGGGGCCGACAUAUAUGAAUGGUUAAUGAAGGCACUGGAACAAAGAGUUGCAUCGGCUGCAGUGCAAAUCAAGAUGGCGGAUCUCCUUCAGAAGCUCUUGCAGAUUCAGCCGGACUAUACACAGGGCCCCGGUAUGCGCCUGCCGUCUGUGCGAACCAGUUUGUUUUCAAUACUCCAGAACGGGGGCAUAUCCGUCAAGUUCCAUGUCAUCGAGCUCUUGUCAGGAAUUUUCGACUAUUUCGUACUGAGCAAACACGACGCAGUGUUCGAUGAUGUACACGCAAAUCUUCCAAGUGACCAGAACUCCAUGGAGGAAAUGGCCCUACGACUUUUGGGGUUGGCGCGCAUGGGUGCAGCCUGGCAUACUCUGUUACGACGAAGCGUGUACCACAUAUUCGAAGCGGCCGGUCUUGUGAAAGAAUCAGCCGGUCACGCCGCCCGUUGCAUCCAGACAAUCUCGAGCUCAUUGAACCUUGAGAGCUCAAAGUCUGUGUUCGAGCUAUUUGCGCCUCAGAUGUUCUACACCUGGAUGGGCGCAAACCAAAGACUCGAAGACAUUCCCUAUUCCAUUUUCGGAUACGAGAGCCUGGCUGCUCUAUUGGAAGAUUCGCAAGAUGAAGCAUACGGCCAACUGAUCAUGCGUAAUAACGAAGAGGAGGUACCAGUUGUCCUUGAAGCUCUCAAAGUCACUCAAAAGGAUCUCGCGGAGCGAAACUUUUCCAAGGCUGCCGGUUACGCUAUCGCCUGGGAUCAGUGUCGCGGCCGUGGAUCUCAACGCGACAACGCUGCCCAGAAUAACGAAAUGGCCCUUCGGGCGCUCCUGGGUGAUAACACCUACAAAAAUCUUUUGGCGCAGCAAUUUCCCUGCGUCUUGGCUGUGCUCAUUUCGACUAUGGAAGAAACAGACUUGGUUGGGAAGUCUAUUCACAAACAUCCCGAGUUUCAAAAGGUAGAAGAUGCCAUGGCUGAGAUGCAAAAUUUCAGCUCUUCCAGCCUCUUAUUACCCGCGGACCAGCAGCCAGUUUUCCAGGCUAAGCACAUAUUCGAAGAGAUCAAGCGUCUAUGUCGUCGCACUGGGUAUGACCACGUCAACUUUUGGACGCCUGACUGUCUUGUGUACAUCAUGCGGUGUCUCCUUGACAAAAUUCACCCAGCACUCGGCUCUUUGUACGCCUGUUCCAUAGUCCGAAAGAUCCGCUUCCUUGUGGCUCUUGCUGGAAAGACCGCAUUCGAGACUUACCCUCUCCAAAUGGCGCUUAGCUCGCUUCGACCAUUCUUAACGGAUGCUCAUUGUGCCGAAGACACGCUUGGAAUCGUGCGCUAUUUGCUACAGCACGGAAAACACCGUCUUAAGGAUCAACUUUCCUUCGUCGCAGGUAACUCGAUAUCCAUUCUGAUCUCCCUCCGGCUUUUCUUUUCUUCUUCCCAAGACAACACCACCCAAGAGAGCCAACACGUUGCAGCCGUGCAGAAAGCACAGGAAUUCGACAAUUGGUUCAGCGGCUUUCUCGAAUCCUACGUGCAAGAUCUUCUUAGUUCAACAAGCAGCCGAAGCACCAAAGCAUCUUUGGAGCUCUUCCAGUCCAUGGUUCGUGCUGCUAGGGACGUUCGUGCAGCCGGUAAUGCGGUGGAGGGCACUCCUGAAAGUACUCUUCUCAUGUCCUUGCUGAGGGACGAGGCAAACGAGAAGCGAUUGCUCAAUGGCCCUUCGCAGGAAUUGGCUUAUAGCUUGCUCUGUCAAGAGUUUCAACUCCCGACAUCUUUCCGGGAAGAUCUUCUUGGGAAAGCUGAGCUUGCUGCUCAGUAUGCCACGCAAGUUUGGAAAUCAAGCCAGAGAGCGAACAACAGCAAGCAGUAUCUCUUGUGGGCAGCACGAGUUCUGGGACGAAGCUAUGGCGCCACCGGAGAGCUACACGAGAAUCUGCGAAAGGCACUUCGUGAGAAAAACGGGGUGAACAUACGUGGGCGGAAAUCUAGAACCUCACGCAUGUUGAUUGUCGAGAAUCUUGCGGAUCUAUUGCAGGGCGACGAUCCUAGCAAAGCAAGUCUUGCCGAGCGAACUCUGCGGGAGAUUUUAUCUGCAGAUCAUGAGCAACCAGCGGUUGUUGAGCAGCUCGAGGAGAUCAAGCAAGUACUUCCUUCUGCUCUUGUGGCGGGGUUGACGAUGAACGGCGCCUUCAAGAUUCCUCUUCUUCAGCCAAUUUCCAACAAAGGUGUCGAGACGACUCUCUUCCCUCAGAGCUCCAAGAAGUUGUCUACAUGGAUCUCAGACCUAUGCAUCUCUCUGGCAAAGUCUACGCCCAAAGACAGAGUCGUCUCAGCCUUGCCAAGAUGUCUCUCAGAAAUCCCCUCUCUCAGCGAACAGCUCUUCCCUUAUAUCCUUCACUUGGCAUUGGAGCGAGAUGUCAAAAGUGGCGAGGCACUCAAACGUACUGUAUCGGAAGCUUACCGCAAGUGGUUCGAGCAAGAAACGGAUGAACAUGUGCCUUAUCUCAAGGCUCUGCUCCGAUCGGUAUUGUACAUCCGAACACAACAGAUUCCAAGCGAAAACAACAUUUCAGACCGCACUCAUUGGUUGAAUAUCGACUAUCUCAACGCAUCCAAGGCAGCAUCCAGAUGUGGAAUGCACCGAGCAGCACUUCUGCUGGCAGAAACUCAUGCAUCGCAGCCUGCCAAGACAUCACGACGUUCCUCCGUUCUCCCGCAACAACAAUCGAUCCCCUUGGAGCUUCAAUUGUCAAUUUACACCAACCUUGAUGAACCAGACUCGUUUUAUGGAGCGGAACAAGAGCCGAGUUUGGAGUCGGUUCUGAACCGCCUUGACUACGAGGCUGACGGGUUCAAGGGACUGCUUUUUCACAGCGCAAAAAUGGACAGCGAGAUGCGCCGUAACAAAAAAGUCUCCCCAUCUGACUCAACAGGUGUUGUCAGAGAUCUUGCAAUGCUGAAUCUCAACAGCCUGACCCACGCCAUCUCCUCGAAUGAGGACAUCCGAGAUAGUAGAGACAACCUUAACCACACCCUUGAAGUGGCCCAGAAGCUGGAGCAGUGGGACAUCAGGGCACCCCAUUUCAAGAAAUGUGAAGCGGCGGCUGUCUACAAAGCGUUCCAAGGCAUGAGUAUGUCCACAGACCUGGCUUCGGUGCGCAAGAACUUGAACCACAGUUUCUUGGAAAUCAUUGAGACGUGCAUCGAACCGAACGCUUCCGCCAGAACGCUACAAUCUUCCCUUCGGUCGCUUGCGGUGCUUAACGAAAUCGACGAAAUCAUGACCGUUAGCCAUGCCGAAGAGUUAAGGGGAACCUGGCGGGAGAUCAAGUGGCGUACGAUUUGGAUGAAAGAAGCUCGUAUGGAGGAUAUACGACCGAUUCUAGCUGCGCGCGAGACGCUAUGGAGCAUGCUGAGCAAGACUCCCAGCCUGCAAGCGAUCAUACAUACAGAUCCAAGACAGCUUCGCGAGCGUGAAGCAGAUGCCCUAAUCAACGGCUCAGAUGUCUACCGAAAACACCAUGCUCUACAAGAACUCCUAGCCAGCGCCACUUACCUCGCAGACAUUGUCCCGAGCUGCCGGGAGGUCGGGUAUGACAUCGAGAAUGGUGCCAAGUACCAAGUUGCCAGAGUGCUUUGGGACCAAGGGGAGAAGAACACGUCCAUCAGGAUGUUACAACAAUUGGAAGCUCAGACCAAAAGCAGGAAGGAUCCAACCGUUGCCCGCACCAUACUGUUAACAAAGUUGGGCCAAUACACCGCCGAAGCUCGUCUCAAGAAGCCCGAGGAAAUCAUGAAACAAUACAUGGAGCCAGCAAUCCGGGAGCUCAAAUCCAACACAAAAACCCAAGUGGCUGGCCAGGCCUAUCACGCGUUUGCAAGCUUCUGUGAUCAACAACUCCAGAGUCCUGAAUUGCUUGAAGAUCAAAACCGGAUGAGGCUGUUAGCGGAGAGGAAGGAGGCCGACGCCUUGGAGUAUGAGAGGAUGGCGAGUGCACAGAGAUCCAAGAGCUCCCGAGAUCACUACAGGGGGCAAGCGAGGCGAGCGCGGAAGUGGUUCAACAUGGACAUGCAGGAAGCGCAAAAGUUGGGAGACAGUCGGGUCGCUUUCCUACGGCAGAGUCUGGAGAACUAUCUGCUGGCACUCCAAGCCUGCAAUGACUACGACAACGACGUCUUCCGGAUGUUUGCUCUCUGGCUCGAGUAUUCACACCUUUCACUAGCCAACCACGCUGUGUCCAAGUACAUUCAGCCCGUUCCGAGCAGCAAAUUCGUGGUCCUCAUGAAUCAGCUUUCCUCGCGCCUGCAGGACGAAAGCUCAGACUUCCAGCAGAUACUGUCCUCUCUGGUUUUGAGAAUCUGCAAGGACCAUCCAUAUCACGGCAUGAACCACAUCUACGCUGGCUCGUACACCGAGAAGAUGACAAAGGACCAAACGGUUAAAUCACGUUACGAGGCUACGAAGAACAUUGGCAGGCAGCUGAAGGCCGACAAGACCAGUCAUGAGAUGUGGGAGCGCAUCAGCAAAGCAAACACCAUCUACAACGACCUAGCAAUGUUUGUCGACACGACUAUGUUCAAGGUGGGAAGGGACUAUGAGUUGCAGAGAUAUCCCAUCUCCAAGAAGCUCACGACUUCGAUUCCAAGUCUCAAGGUGCCGCCAAUAACCAUGCAUAUCCCAGUGCAAAGCAGCGCAUACUACAAAGAAGUCCCAAAGAUUCACAGGUUCAAGUCGACAAUGGGAAUCGCCAACGGCCUCAGCCAGCCAAAGAUCGUGACCGCCAUAGCCGAUAACGGCCAGGCCUACAAGCAGCUGUAUAAAUCCGGCAACGACGAUCUAAGACAGGACGCAAUCAUGGAGCAGGUCUUCGAGCACGUCAGUCAGCUUCUGCGAAAUCACAUGGCAACCCGUUUGCGAAACCUCAACAUCAGGACCUACAAGGUCGUACCGCUCACUCACCGUUCCGGUGUGAUCGAGUUCGUCCAGAACACGAUACCGCUUAUGAACUUCCUCGACGGCGCGCACCAAACCUACUACCCAAAAGACUGGGACCAUAACCAGUGCCGCAGAAAGAUUACCGAAAUCUCCUCGCACACGCACGAGGAGCGCCUGAAGGUGUACCGCGAGGUGUGCCGCAACUUCAACCCGGUGCUACGCUACUUCUUCCUCGAGCGGUUCGGGGACCCGGACGACUGGUUCGAGAAGCGGCUGGCAUACACGCGCAGCACGGCGGCCAUCAGCAUCCUGGGCCACGUGCUGGGCCUGGGCGACCGCCACUGCCACAACAUCCUGCUCGACCAGCAGUCGGGCGACACGGUCCACAUCGACCUCGGCGUCGCGUUCGAGGCCGGCCGCGUGCUGCCCGUGCCCGAGGUCGUCCCCUUCCGGCUGACGAGGGACAUCGUCGACGCCAUGGGCUACUCGGGCGUCGAGGGCGUGUUCCGCCGCUGCUGCGAGUUCACUCUCGACACGCUGCGCGACGAGCGCGGCUCCAUCAUGACCAUCCUCAACGUCCUGCGCUACGAUCCGCUCUACUCGUGGAGCGUGUCGCCGCUCAAAGCAAAGAAAAUGCAGGAGGAGGCGCAGAAGGAGGCUGAGGGCAACAACAAGACCGAAGGCGGCGGUAAGCACGGGGAGAACAAUGGAGUGGGUCGUGCCGCCGUGUCGGAGGAUCCGAGCGGCGCUGGAGACGGGGGGGAGCAGCGAUUCCUGCUGGAGAUCCCGAUGAAGAGGAAGGAGGACGAGGAGGUGCAGGGUGAAGCUGGCCGCGCGCUAAGCGUUGUCGAGAGGAAGUUGAGCAAGGGAUUGAGCAGCGCUGCGGCUGUGGCGGAGCUUAUCCAGCAGGCGACGGAUGAGCGCAACCUGGCGGUAUUGUACUCGGGUUGGAGUGCGUGGUGUUGA